AGGACGGGGAGGGUGCAUAGAGGGAGAGCCAGAGAGAGAAACAGCAGUGCUGCAUCGGUGGAACGAGGGAGGGAGGGAGGUGGAAGAGGGAGAGAGCAGCGAGAGAGAGAGAGAUCCAGAGGAAGAGAGGGGGGCUUCCAGACUGGAUGGGCCCAGCAGUGCCUUGAUGGAGCAUGGGCCAGGUUCUAGGAUUCUCCCACUGCAAGGAAUAUGGUUCUGUCUCCUCCACGCCUGAUUCAACACCUCCCUGCACUGACGGUGGGAAUGAGGAGUCUGAGCUGUACGACCUGCAGACAGCCAGGGAGUGGUCUGACGAAGAAGACGGGGGUCCGGAGGAUGAUGACGGUGGAGCUUCAUCCCCCUCCAUUUGGGGGACCCCGAGACAGAACUCCUUCGAGCCCACCUUCUCCUACAUCGCCAUCGCCGAGGCCGAGGCAGGCGGAGCCUCACGACAUCAUCGUGACUCAUCGUCAGGGAGCCGGCGGAGGGGCGGGGCCAGGGGAGGCCGCACCUCCCUGAUCCGCACGGACACCGUGGAAUCGCUCCUCCCCCUGGACUCCCCCGACGUGGAGUGGGACCCCCACAUCUUCCUCACCCUAGAGGAUGAGGAGGAGAGGGAGAGGGAGGAAAGGGAGAGGGACCCCCAUAUCUUCCUCACCCUAGAGGAUGAGGAGGAGAGGGAGGAAAGGGAGAGGGAUGUCCACACACAGACUGUGACAGUCCAGGAUUCUCUCCUAGAUACUGAGCUUGAACCUCAAGAGAGGGAAACAGAGACCCAGAGAGAGGAGACAGAGCCCCUGGAGCCCCAGCACUACAGUCCCUCUGACAGCCACCAGGCAUCACCACCCCCUGAGCCUGAGUCCCUCGUAACCAUGGAAACCACCGUCCCACUGCUCACGGCUGUGCGACCAAGAGGCGGCCUCACCGAUGACGUGUCAUCCACUUCCUCCACCUCCAUUGGUCGAAACACUCAGGAAGAGCUGGUUAGCGAACAGUGGUUUUCGGUGCUCAACCUAUCAGGCCCUACGAUAUGCACCCACAUAGCAGUGAUGGAUCUGAUCUACUGGAAGGACACAGAGCGUACAGGCAUGGUAUUCACAGGGCUGGUGGUGGUUUUGCUGUCCUUGUUCCAGCUCAGCAUCAUCACAGUCAUCUCCACCAUCUCCCUGGGCGCCCUGUGCUUCACUGUCUCAGUCAGCCUCUACUAUAAGAUCCUGCACGUGCUCAACAUGGGAGACGGAGUGCCCCCCUUCAAGGCGUAUCUAGAUUUGGAUAUCAGUUUCAGUGGGGAGCUGGCUGACCAAUACACUCAGAAGGUCAUCGUUGCAGUCGUCUCUGCUGCUAACUCACUCAAGAAUCUCUUCCUGGUUGGAAACCUCUUCGACUCUCUCAAGCUCCUGGCUCUGAUGUACCUGGUGACUUUCCUAGGAGACCUGUGUAAUGGCCUUACUGUGCUCAUCAUUGGUGUGAUCGCUCUAUUCUCUCUACCGCUGGUCUACAGGCAGCACCAGGCAAAAGUGGACGGCUUCGUUGCAGGAAUUCAGGCCAACGUUGACAACGCCAAGGACAUUCUCCACAGAAUUGCCCAAGGUGGUGGUCCCACCCCUGACACAACCCCUGGCGGUGCCAAGCCCAAAACACAAUGAAGAGUCAUGGCGGACAGGGGAGGAGGAUGAGGAGCAGAGAAGAGAAGAGGAGGAGUUACAGGCUGUCACUCAGAUGUCUUACUCAGCAGUCUGUUCUCAGAGCUCCAGAACGUGGAGUUUCUGCGAUGGGGGGGGGGGGGGGGGGGGGGGUUGUGUAGGGAGUCAAACCAUGGGGUUGGGACAUGAUGAUACAUGACUGUAUACUGUAUGGUGGGAUAGGGUAGGUUGCUAGUGGGUGAGGAUGAGGGAACGGGAGUGAUAUCUGGACGGGAGUUGUUGCUGUUUCGAAGGAAGGUUUAAGACACAGCUCAGUGUUAAAUGACCUACAUGGGUGAUUGUGGCUUGAAUGAUAGACACUGUGGCAGUCCAGAAAAGUAAUAAGACUGAUUGGAACCUCGAACUCUAGGAGACCUGUGUGUUCCUUAUUGACAGCUGUAUAUCUGAACAGAGGGAAGUAAAAACUUCAGAAUAGAGUCCAGCGGGACUGGAGUUCACCAGGAGCUAGGACAGGGUCAGGCCCGGGUCAGAGGUUAGAGUUCACCAAACAAGAGUUCAUCAUUAUUCAUGGCAGCCUAACACUUGGAAUCAGGAUGUGCGUGUGUGUGUGUGUGUGUGUGUGUGUGUGUGUGUGUGUGUGUGUGUGUGUGUGUGUGUGUGUGUGUGUGUGUGUGUGUGUGUGUGUGUGUGUGUGUACACAGUAUGUGUGAGUUGACAUGCAGCUUGUUGAUCUGAACCUGUUACCUGAGAGCUAUUAAAACCACAAUUUGUUAUUUUAA